GCUCGCGACGCUCGGAUAGAAGAAAAUGGCGGCGGCGAAGAAAAGCGUCCUCUCUUCUUUGGCCGUUUAUGCUGAGGAUUCCGAGCCCGAAUCCGAUAGUGAGGCCGGUGGAGCGGCCAGCGAGCGAGGUGCAGGGACGACGGGUGAGGCCUUGGCGGGACUAUGGCGGGGCGGGGAGGGAAUUAAGGAAUAAGGAAUGGUGUCUUUUUUUACGCCGGGGCCUCCACGGAAAGCUGGUCUGUGGUGGGAGGAUAUUCCCCGCCCCGCCGCUGUUCGGUAAAGGGGGGAAAUAAUCACGCUUCUCUGGGAUGAUGGAAGACGACGUGGCGUUUCGCCAAGCAGCAUCUUCUGCCUAGCGUUACUUUGUGUUUAGGGCAUAUAGUGAGGCUACCUAAAAUUUACGUGACGGAUUUACGUAUAAGCUAAACAAGCUAUAGCUAGGGCCCCACUCUCUGGGGGGGGGGGGCAAAAAAAAUUAAAGGAAAAAAACUGGAUGUAAAUUUCCAAAAUAUAAGAUAAAAAACAAAUAAAAUAAAACCUACAUACAGCAACAGUGUUUUGUGUUGUGUAGGCUCCUAUUAUGUGCUAAUGGCUUUAGAUACCUAUUAGGUCCAUAAAUUAUCAUAUAGCAUAUAUUCAAGACACCAAAAAGUCACAAUUUGUUGUUGACAAAGGACAGCUGGACAUAUAAAGGGUCCCAUUACCUUCAGAAGCUUAGGGCCUCAUCAAAUCUAAAUCUGGCCCUGACGUAACUUAUUGUUAUUCGCUGCUGUAUUGUGGCUGGCAGUGGAUCCCAAAAGCUUGGGCCGUUGGCUCUUCCUUGGCAUUAGUGCUUGAUAUCCUUUUAAACGGAGAUGCUUGGCAUUAGGCAUUCUACUUAUAAAGCAUAUGUUGCGCCACUGAUUUAUUUCCCCAUCCCCAAGCCUACGCAGGACCUUAGUCCCCUCCCCCCGUGAUGUCUGCCUUCCAGCCAGUUUUCUUUCUCAGAGGUGUAUUUCAAAUGCUUAUGAUUCAAAACUAGCUUCUGAUGUGCAGCCACUGUGGAACCUUUAUAUGUAAAAUGUGCUGUUAGCUUUUUAACAACAACAACAACAACUGCAAUAUGCAGCUGCAGUGUUUGAUUUUAUGAAAGCUGUGAAUUGUGUGCCCAAAUUUGUAAUUAUUGGGGCCAUCACACAAUUUUAAGGGCCCCUUGCAGUUGUUUGUGUGUGUGUAUGUGUAUUAAUUGUUAUAAGAAUUCUAAUGUCUCAAAUAUAGAUUAAAUGUUCAUAAAUGUAACCACGUAUAUAAACCACAUAUCUAAAAUAGUACAGGACAGCAAUCCUGAAGCCAUUUUGUCCCUUCCAAAAGGGCCUCAAAUAUUUCUCUGCAGUUGGAGGGAGUUUUCCAAUUGUCUUUUCACCUCCAAAUCCACUUAAUAAAACUACCUGUAAUGUAGUGGCUUACAUCUCCCAGCAAAUUCAGUCUGGCAAGAAUCUGUUAAGGUGAGCAGGCUAUCAGGAACUAUAGUAUUUAUCAACUCAAAAGGAAUGAUCUGGCUACCCAGGCAAUGCAAUCAGGAAGAUGUUAUCAGAUACCUUGAUAAACAGGAGAGAAGUUGCACUCAGACUUCUGCUGGAGACUGCCUUCUUCUGUGAUGUAUGUAUGAUGUUUUUGGGGUGGUUUUGGGCUAAGGGGUGUGCAGUUUCAAAAGUCUUUAUAGGGGCUUGCACACCUUUAUUCUGGGUCUCUUUCACCUCCUUGCAAGUGUGACUCUGUUGCAACAGAUAAUGAAAGAUAUUCUUUGCUUUCACUGGAUCCUUGCCUCCAUCUAUGCAUCUCUGACCAAUCAUGGACUAUGGGGACUCAGUCCCUUGGGGAGUUGGGCAGCAAAAGCCAACCCCCCAUUUUUCUACAAAAACACAUGCUAUUGUUAAAUCUGUAUCAAUCUCUUGCAUAUGUUUCCACUGGAAUACCAAAUGAUCACUAACUUGAUUUUUUUAUUUUUUCCCCCUUGUUUUGGAUGACGUAGAAGAAAAAGGAGGUCUGGUGUCAGAAGGCUACGGAGAGGAUGACUUCAGUAAAAUGGAGGGAGAGGAGGAUGGUUAUGAUGACGAUGAAGAUGAAAAUAGUAGACAAUCGGUAGGUAUAUAAUUAUAUUAAUGCUGAGUCUAUACGAAAUUCUUUUGUGCCUUCCACUUUGUAAUAGAUUUGCCUGACUCCUCACCUCUUAUUUCUUUCUCUUAUUGCUAUGUAUGUGCUUAUGGAGUUAUAGCUUAAAAUGUCAGAAAAGUAAAUCUUAACACAUCUGGAAGUAUGACUUUUCAUAGAACUGUAGAGUUGGAAGGGACAACUGGGGUAAUGUUGUCCAACCCCCUGCAAGGCAGGAAUCCUUUACCCAAAGUGGUGCUUGAACCCACAACCCUGAGAUUAAGAGUCUCCUGCUCUACCAACAAGCCAUCCCUUCAGUCUUAUAGUGGGCUCUUUGGCAUCCACUUGUUACAGUAACAUUCUCCUAUUUAAGUUGUCAGUUCUUUUACUAAGUGGUCUGUACCCUAGACAAGUUGUAAAAGAAACUUAGUUGUAUUUCCUCCCCUCCAAUUUUAAGGAACAACAUUAUCUCAAAUAAGCUGUUAAAAUGUAUGACGAAAGAUGUCUGAGAAGGGUCUGUGGUAGACCUGUAGUCUAAGAUAUGCUGGAAAGGUGUUCCUUUACACCAUAUAUUUUAUUACAGUAGUAAAUUCCAUUUCCUGCACUGUGUGAGAAAUGUCUAGUACACAAGAAGAUGAAGUGGGGCGGGGGGGGAAUCUACAAUACAGUUUAUAUUAAAAUAGUUGCUUGAUGAUGUUGGCAAUAUUAGCAUGACAGACAUUUGAAAUGUCUUGUCCUAUACCUGGUUUGUGUGUGUCGGGUUGUAACUGUAUAAAUUUCAUCCUGUAACCUGUCAGAGGGAGAGGACAAUUUGCUCCAGUUGUUUUGCAGUAAUGGUUUCUUGCUGGGUUAAGAUUUUUUAGCAUUGUGCUUAUCAUUAUCUGUAAAAUUGCUAGAGCAGACACUCAGAUGGCAUUUUGUAAGAGGUUACUGUGAUGAACAUUUCUCCAAACUUUUUUUCAUUUUAUAGUACUUGUUUCACCUUUCACAGCCUUUUCCAACAGAAGUCAUGUGCAUUUCUGUUUGUUUUUACUAGUUUGCAAGAAGCAAAGUACUACUGCAGUAUAUGUGGCUUCCUGUCUGCAUACCUGUUCCUUUUGUCUGGUGACAACUUUGCAUAUGUAUAUUGUUCAGAAAUAAAAAUUAACAACAUUCUUAGAACCAAACACAUUAAAAAGUAAAUAUCUUGAGGACAGUUUUUCAGACUAUGGUCUAAUUCCCUAUUUUUCUGUAUGGUAUUCACUUUAGCUUGAAUAACAGUGCCUAUAAUUGGUAUUAUUUUACCUGAGAACAAAGCAUGUUUGUAUUGAGUGGAAUUUUUAUUUAAUGUUUUACAUAAUACAGCAACUAAGCUUUUGUUCUUGUUAAAACUUAGGUAAUCCUUUUUAUUGGGAAUGGGAUGAGGGUAAACUACCGUUUUAUAGUCUUGGUUGAUUUUUCUUUUGGUGUCUGUGAAAUGGCAAUUGUUCAGUAUACAACAGUCUCAUAGAGAACCUGCUAGGUCUACAUCAGUUGUAAAAAGAUGCACAAAAUGGGUGUGGUAAUAAUUUUGGUCUCUGCUGCUGAAAGAGAAUGGAAACUUUGGGACUUCAUUGAAUUGUUCUUUAGCAAUUAUCAGAGCCAACAGAUUGGUAAUGUAACUUCAAGGCAAUACUUGUAUGCUGAUCUUCUUAAAUACUGUCUUCCCCAUUCUCACAUUGAUUUCAUCUUCACCAACAAUUUGGUUUGUCCUCUUCAAAGGUGUGGAUUUUGUUGGUUUAAGAGCAUAAGAGCCUGCUGGAAUGGGCCAAAGGACCAUCUUGUCCAACACAGUGGGCAACUAGAUGCCUAUAGGAAGCCCACUAUCAGAACCUGAGUGCAACAGCACUCUCCUUUCCUGAGAUUCCUCUGAACUGGUAUUCAGAGGCCUACUGCAUCUGACACUGGAGGUAGAACAUAGCCUUAUCCUCCAUGAAUUUGUCUAAUUUUCUAAAGGCAUCCAAACUGGUAGCCAUCACUGGGGAUGUGGGAGCGAGUUCCAUUGUUUAGGUAUGCACUGUGUGAAAAAGUAUUGUCCUGACUCUUCUAAAAUUGAGCUUCAUCCAUGAGUGUCAUGAGAGGGCAAAGAACUUCUCUGCAUCUACUUUCUCCAUACUAUGCAUCAUUUUAUCAACUUCUUAUUCACCUUUUCUCUAGACUAAAAAGUUCCAUAUGUUGUAACCUUUCCUCUGUCCCCUUGGUGAUGCCCCCCCCCCCCCCGGAACCUUUCUAAUAUCUUUUUUGAGAUAACACAACCAGAACAGUACACUGGUUUCUUAGCAUGGUUGCACCAUAUAAUGAAUGGCAUUUUUAUAUUGGCAGUUCCGUAUUCAGUCCUUUUACUAAUGAUUCCUAGCAUAGUAUUCAUCAUCUUCUCAGCUGUCACACACUGGAUUGAUGUUUUUACUAAGCUAUCCACUACAGCCCCAAUGCCUUAUUCUUGGUCAGUCACUGCCAGUUCAGACUCGGUGAGCAUACACUGUGUUUUGGAGGUCACAAAAUCAGAGAGGUGUUAAUAAUUGCUAGCGUGUUUAGAUCUCAUGUUUGUUCACUCUUUAUGAACAGUCUUUGUAUAAAAGAGUGGCAGUGAAUAAUUUCCGCUUGACACAAAUUUCUUUUCCUAUCUGUGCUGGCCUUUUUGUUGUCUGUUUUUCGACAAAUCAAAUGUUAUAUGGGCAUUUGGAAUCUAUACCGACACCUGUUUGAUUAGAUGUAGAGAUGUCUUGUUAAUGUCAUAUUUUAUCUGAAUUGAUGUUUUAUCAGAGGGAGGGAAAAGCAUUGCAAGAACAGCUCAGCUGAAUGCAGAGGUGAAGCUGGGCUAUUUAAUGCAAGUCCCUUGCAACACAUGCAAGAACUUGCUGAGCCCACUCUUUAAAGCUUAAUCCUGUAAAUUCUUUGUCUUAUAGGAAGAUGACGAUUCAGAGACUGAAAAACCUGAGGCUGAUGACCUAAAGGUAUUUGGAAGAGUGUUAUGAUGGGAAUACAGUGUAAAUAGCAUGAUUAGUUCAUCAUUUGCCUCUCAUAUUGUUGACAAGCUGGUGCAAAAUCUUUAUGUGGGGUCUGUGGGAAGGAACUCUUGAAACACUUAGAAAUAGCCCAGAUUUUGAAAGGCUACUAAAAUGACUUUCUAGAACAAAUUAGGUAACUCACUACAUUAUGAAAUAUUUUGCAUGGGUUCUGGUGCCUAUUGGCUGAAAACCUAGUCCAUUCAACGAACAUAUUGUGAAUGAUCAGAUUGCAAUUUUUCUAAGAGUACAUGUGUACUUAUUUGAAUCUAUACAGUGUUUAAUACUGCCUUGUGUUUAAUAAAUACUGGAGUAUGUGGUGAGCCAUGCUGCCCAGAAAGUUCUCGUGUUGCCACCCUCCAGACCUAAUAUGGAGGAACAACAUAAAGAUGGGCCUCAAAUGAUUAAUGCAGAUUCCGGGAUGGUUUAUAUGGGGGAGAGGUGGUCCUUCAGGUAUUGCGGUCCUGAGCUGUUUAAGACUUUAUAGGUCAAAACCAGCAGUUCAGAUUGGGCCCAAAAAAUAAUCGGCAGCCAGUGCAGUUGGGCCAGGAUUGGUGUAAUAUGCUCAAACUGUCACGUCCCAGUGAGUGACACUGGGGAUUUGGUCAUAGCAACUGAUUUUUGGCACGGGGGUGGGGAGUUGUUGUAAAUAAUUAAGUGCUGCAGAGUAGACGUAAGAGGAUGCCACUGGCGUGUGUUCCCGCCUUCCUCCUCUCUCCUGUAUGAAUUUGCUUAUCUUUUCCAAUUUUGCCCCAAGUGUAGCAUUGCAGUAUGUACUGAUGCCAAGCAAAGUUCAGAGAUGAUUUGCAGACCCUGAUACAAGCCUGCUGGUUUGUACUAACCUUGGUGAAAAUGUUAGAGCAAACCAAGGAAAGGAAAAGCAGGAGCAGUUUCACAGUAUGCUUCCUGUCUUCUGACCAUCAUUUAGCAGUGUCUGUGCCAUGUCAGUGUGAUCAGCUAUCGUUGUAUGUUGAAUUGUGCUGUGGCCAGAAUCUUGGGCAUUCCUUGCAUUGACAUGCUAAACUUUAUGCUGACUAGGUAAACUAUACUGAUGGUACACUAAUGUAAUAUUUUCCACAUAAACUCUUAAGUUUAUUUUGUGAUUUUUUAAAUAUAAAUCUACUCAUUUACAUAAUAUUCUAGCAUGGUGUUGUCUGUUCUGUCAGUAGUUCUCCAGAGCCUUGGGCAAGCUCCUUUCCCGCUAUCCACUAAUUUAAGUAGGGUUUUUCAUUUUUUCUGGAGGGCCAGGAAUGGAACCUGGGACCUUUUGCAUGACAAGCAUGUGCUGCACUACAUGUGCCAUAUAGAUACUACAUUGAAUGUAUGGAAGCAUCAAAGUUAUGCCAUACUAGCGGUGUUAGAAACACAGAUAUAUAAGCUAGGUGCCAAAUGGCUCUUUAAACCAGGGUUACAGUCACCAGAAGGGAAUGCCUAGUUGCCAUUUGGGGGCCUGAUGGCUCAAAAGUCUUCCCCGCCAACCAUACAACUUUUUUGGUCCCUGAAAUUCAUUCUGAUUGUGCAGAUCAAAUAAAACGAAUAGAAUUGUACAGGAUGUGUUGCUAGUGUAUGAAAGCAAUCAAGAUCCAAGGAUCCCCAGGGAUGCACCUCCAGGUGGUGAUUUCAGGUGCCAUCCUGGCUCCCAGGAAUCUUCACUCGGUCGCAAGUGGCCGAUAGCAAGGGCAAAAUGUGCCUAGCGUAUAUUAAAUGCUGUGUACCACAUUCCAAAACUACUUCAUAUAUACAAACAGGCCGUUUAAAUGGUCUCGUUUGGCCUCCUACAUUCUGUGUAAUGUGGUCGUGCAAUACUGUUUUUCUCUUCCUGUCAUAGCCCCUCACUGAAUCAAAUACCACUUUUUAUAGUUUGUGCAUGUGGAGCACUGUGUGUGGCCUUUGAGUUACUUCCUGUCCUGUAGUUACGUAACACUUUCUGGGCUGGUUACCUGAUUAUCUGUUAUGCAGUACAACUUAAAUCUCUUAAUUUAGAUACAAUGACUGAACUGGAGGCCCCUCGACUGACUUUAGGUCCAGUGUUGGACCAUUUCGAUUGUAUACUCCCUGCUGAUGUAGAUAGAUUCCUCCAAGUUGGUAGGCCCACCACCUGCCUCCUUGAUCCGUGCCUGUCUUGGCUGAUUAGGGAGUGUCCAGAUGUCGCGCGGACCCCCCUGGUUGAAAUUAUCAAUUUGUCCCUUGACACGGGGACAUUCCCAGGGGAACUGAAGGUAGCAGUAGUGUGUCCACUCUUAAAGAAAACUUCAUUAGAUCCCUUAGACCUAUCCAAUUACCACCCAGUUUCAAAUCUUCCAUAUCUGGGUAAGGUAAUUGAGAGAGCGGUUGCUGAACAGCUUGGUAGGUUUCUGGGGGAAACAUCGGCUUUAGAUCCAUUUCAGUCCGGUUUCCGUCCUGGUUUUGGGACCGAGACGGCUCUGGUUGCCCUAACAGAUGAUCUCCGUAGACAACUGGAUCGAGGCGGGUCAGGACUGGUGAUCCUUUUAGAUUUGUCAGCAGCCUUUGACAUGGUCGAUCAUGAUCUUCUGGACCACCGCCUCGCCAACGUAGGGAUAUAGAGCAUAGCCCGUAACUGGCUGUGCUCCUUUAUCUCUGGUCGGGGACAGAGGGUGGCACUAGGGAGGGAAAUGUCGUCGUGCCAUUCCUUGGUGUGUGGAGUGCCGCAGGGCGCAAUUCUCUGCCCGAUGCUUUUUAACAUCUUUAUGCACCCCCUUGCCCAGAUUGUCCGGAGCUUUGGGCUGGGCUGUCACCAAUAUGCUGAUGACACUCAGCUCUAUCUGCUGAUGGAUGGCCACACCAACUCGGCCCCGAACACACUGACCAGAUGCUUGGAAGCUGUGGCUGGAUGGUUUCGUGGGAGCCGAUUGAAACUAAAUCCUUCGAAGACAGAGGUCCUAUGGCUGGGUCGGGAUGGCAUGGGGAUGAGGGACCAACUCCCUUCUCUUGUGGGGGCCCAAUUAGUGCCAUUGCCUCCGUUAAGAGUUUGGGUGUAAUCCUUGAUGCCUCCCUUUCCAUGGAGGCGCAAGUUACAGCAACAGCCAAGGCGACAUUUUUCCACCUUCGCCGCAUCAAGCAGUUGGUCCCUUACCUUUCCCGCCCCGACCUGGCCACAGUGAUCCAUGCGACGGUCAUCUCCAGGCUUGACUACUGUAAUUCGCUCUGCGCGGGGCUGCCCUUGAAGCUGUCCCAGAAACUCCAGCGGGUGCAGAAUGCUGCAGCGAGGCUCCUCACGGGGUCUCUGCCAUGGGAGCAUAUUCACCCAGUGCUUUUCAAGCUGCACUGGCUCCCGGUGGAGUACAGGGUCAGAUUUAAGGUGCUGCUUUUGACCUUUAAAGCCCUUCACGGCCUAGGACCCUUGUACCUACAGGACUGCCUCUCCCGGUAUGCCCCAUGGAGAGCCUCAAGGUCCAUAAAUAGCAACACCCUAGUGGUCCCGGGCCCUAAGGAAGUUAGAUUGGCUUCAACCAGAGCCAGGGCCUUUUCAACUCUGGCUCCGGCCUGGUGGAACGCUCUGCCUCAUGAGACCAGGGCCCUGCAGGAUCUUAUUUCUUUCCGCAGGGCCUGUAAGACAGAGUUGUUCCACCUGGCCUUUGGCUUGGAGCCAAUUUGAUUCCCUCCCUCUCUUUCUUUUUUCUUUUUCUUCUCCUCCUGUGAUGAGGCUACAUUUUAAUAUUUUAAUGUUUCAAUAUUUUGAUGUUGUAUUUAAAUUUUGUUUUUAAGUUGUAAUCAUUCAACUUGUUUUUAUUAUUGCUUGUAAGCUGCUCUGAGCGCCCUUUGGCUGGGGAGUGCGGGGUAUAAAUAAAAAUUAUUAUUAUUAUUAACUAGGUUGAGAGUUCUUCCUUAUACAGUGGUACCUUGGGUUACAUACGCUUCAGGUUACAGACUCCACUAAUCCAGAAAUAGUGCUUCAGGUUAAGAGCUUUGCUUCAGGAUGAGAACAGAAAUCGUGCUCCGGCAGCGCGGCAGCAGCAGGAGGCCCCAUUAGCUAAAGUGGUACUUCAGGUUAAGAACAGUUUCGAGUUAAGUACGGGCCUCCGGAACGAAUUAAGUACUUAACCCGAGGUACCACUGUAUUCAGAAUCACGCUGUCUGUUCAAUAGUACACCAGAAGGUGUCACUGUUCUUCCAGGUGGAUUUAUCAAAGUUAAGCUAGUAUAGGUUGUAUUAAGCUGCUGUGUGUUCAUAAAAGGCUACCACAGUAUUCUUUCAUUUUUGGGACUUGUGCUGCUCUUGUCGAUGUUGCUAUAGAUAAUAUAGUUGAAACUUGACAGAAGACUUUACAGCCACAUUGCAUAUGUGAACAGCAUGUUCCAGUAAGGUUUUCAAGUUCAGACAUUGAUGUCAAACAGUGAUUUCCUCUUAAGCCCCAGGGCAAGGCUAGUUAAAGUAGUCCAGAGUCUUUUUAAAAAGGAGGCUCUGGAUAGAGCAGAAAGAUGUCACAAUUCCUUUGGCAAUAUUACCUUGAUACAGAAAAAAUGCAGCAGUAAUAAACUACAAUCACUGUAUAGCUUCCGUAGUGUCAAUAUGGGGGUGUUAUAGAACCAUUUUCUCCCUAGAUAUUUCUUUAAUGUAAUUAUUUUCAACUAUGGGCAAAGAAAUGGAGACAAUAUUUCAACUAGCACUUAGACUGAGAUAUGUUAAAUGCAAUGUAGAGCGCAUGUUCUAGAUAAUGUUAAUAUAAAAGAAAAUUAUAAACUGCUUUAUUAGUGGCAUAUACCAUAUUUUUCUGUGUACUAGGUUUUCCCUCUAAAAAAUAAUGUCAAAAAUUAGGGGGCAUCUUAUUCACGGAUAGUGCCAAUGGUGGAUUUUCUUAAAUCUGAGUCCCUAAAAAUCGGGGACGUCUUAUACAUGGGGGUGUCUUACACACGAAAAAAUACGGUAAUUCCAUAUUGGCUAAAUCUGUCCAGAUAAGGGCAGUAAGUGUUGGGUGUAUGGCUAGUAAUGGGGCUGACUUUAUUCAUGUAUGGUGGAAAUGCCCAAUUAUCAAUCUUUCCAGGAAGAAAACUGCAUAUGUAAUUUCUCUCAUAAUUCAUAAGAAGAGUCCUGCUGAAUCAGGCCAAAGGCCCAUCUGGUUUCUAAAUGUUCUUACAGUGGCCAAAUGCCUAUCACAAAAUGCUAUGAUACGCUCUCUGGUUCCCCUUUCCCUGUGGCCUUUCCUCCCCCAGAAUAGCAGUGACAAUGACCUGUGGAUGAAUACAAACUAGGAUUCAAAGCUCAGGAAGGUGGGUAGCAUUAAAAGGCAAGUUCCAGUCUUAUUUUACCCCUCAAAAAAUCCCGCUAUGUUUCCUUAGCUCUGGAAAUCUUUGUAUCAAGGAAGUAAAGUAUUUUCCAUGAGCUUGAAUAGACUGUGUGUGCGCUCCAUAUAAUGAUAGAGAGUUUUGAUAUCUUGGAAAGAAAACCUGUAUUUUGCUACUAGUGUGCCCUGGGCUAAUUAAGAAACUUGCAUACAGUUACUUAUUUUGCAUACUUCUUUUGGUCAUAGGAAGGGGAAAUGAGCUUUGCCGAGUUCUGAAGCCCCCCUAGAAGAAACACUUUCCCUGUGGCAUUUAAGACUUUCCUCAUAAUUUCAAGUUUGCUUUUACAGCCAUAAAGACUAUAUACUUUUUCAUAAAGGUUUGCUUGACCCCCCCACCCUCAGUAAGUAUUAUCAUUUAUUUAAAGUAUUAUAUGAACUGUGCCAAUGCAACACUUCCCUGGGUGUAAUCCAGUUGUUGCUUUGUGCUCACAAGAGGGGUUUUAAUCCAGCUGAGGCUUCAACUAGUGGAAGAGAAAAGGAGUUGAUUUUUUGACUGUUCAUCCUGCAACUCUUUGUGCUACUUUCCAUUCUGUUCUGGAGGGUCUACCACCCGGAGCUGAUUUUCAGUGGGUUCUGGGAAGUGGAAUCUUCAUGAGUAUAAGGGCAGCAAUUUGUUUCCACCUCUCCUUUUUAAAGAAAUUGUCCCAGUUAGACUUCUAAAAGAAUUCCAGUCACUGAAUGCAUUGAAUAAAAAAAUCUAAAAAGGUAACAGCAGAAUAUGCACCUUAAAGUGUGUGUCUUGCAGAGGACUCUCCUCAAGGAUUCUGUUUCUAAGUUUGAAUAUAGGUAAACUACAAGAGGUAACAAGUGAGACCAUUCCUUCUGCUUAAGUCAUCCAGAUAAUGUUCACAGAGGAAUAAUUAACUUUGCCCAUGAUUACUAAUCUGACUAUGCUGAUAUGAGCAAGUUAAUACACAGUGCCCUGCCCUUUUCAAGUGAGCCUUUGACACUUGCCUGUGUGCUUUAAAACACUUAAACUCCUUUGAGGAGCUCCUUCUCUUUAUGCCCCUUUCCAGAUUUGGUUAGAAUGCUGCCAUGUUAGAGUUCUAAAUUUAAACAGUAUUGAAUUUGCAACACCAAAAUACUUUUUCCUGAACAUUACUUCCAGUGAUACUCUAAGAAGCCAUGUUGACUUCUCACUGUAACUUUGGUAUUUGGCUUUAGCUCUGGUGGGAGUUCAGUGUAAGAUGUGAAAGAUCAGGUUGUUGCCAUACCCUCUCUCCUCUUUACCCCCAUUCCCAAUGGCAUGCUGCUUUUGUAUAGUACAGUCAUGAUCUUUGACAAAAAGGCAUGAGGUUUGAACUGUCUCUUGCCCUUUGGAAAGAGCGAAGAUUGUCUAGAAUCCUUUAUUCUGUUGUCGGAUCCUGUGCCAAGGACUAAAGUCUGCAAAUAAUGGAUUGUAAAUUGCCACCCCUGGUCUUUAACAGGAAGAGGUAUUCAGAUCGUUACUUAAAAUGACAAGAGGAAUGAGGGGCACAGUGUGAGUCAUGCACUGUCUAUUGUGAGUCAAGAUUAGAAAACCACUGAUAGGCUAUAGGGAUCACCAACUGCCAGUCUCUGAGUCAAAUUAUCCUACCAGCUACCAAUCCAGAUGCAAGAGGGGUAUAGGUGGAAAUAGGAGAUGUACUAGUAGAACUUUCUAGCAGGUCAUUUGUGGGAGUAGGGUUACCACCUUGGCACAAGCAUUUGCUUCUCAAAGUAACCCUCUUAGCAAAACCUAGUUGGUGUCUGGUCUAGAAAGUAACAUACGGUUGUCCCUCAUGCAUCUAAGCCUAAUGUAGUGGGUUUAAUGGUUAAUCCAAACAGGAGCAAAAAAAAAGGAAACCCAGAACAAAGUCUCUGUCUCCUUCAUUACUUCUUUCUGCCCAGUUAUUUAUACUAUAAAAGUGAAUGAGGGAAUGAAACUUCCUAGGACCUUUGUAGAACAGCUUUGGUUAGCUGUUUGGAAGAUGAGACAUGUCCAUUACGUGUCUGCUUGUUCUUCCCACAGCAGGAGUGCAAGCUGCAACAAACCCCUGACUCCCUCAAGUGUUGAAUACCACAGAUUGUUGACAUGGGUGUGGUGUGACUUUCAAAUGGGAGGGAAGGGUAUUUUAGAUUGUGUUAGCUGCCAAAAGAAAAAAAAACUACCCUUCCCAAAUGCCCCUUGCUGAGAGACCUGAUGACUUGAGCUAGAUGGGCACUGUUCUUUCGUUGCUAUUUCUUGACUGUUGACAUUCUAGCAUUUUUAAAAAACCAAAACCAUUUUAUAUAUUAAGCAUGUCAAAACCUAUCUUAGGACCCAGGUUAAAAGUGAACACUGCAUCUAGUCAGUUUCCGCAUCUCACGUCAUCAAAAAAGUUACCUCUCUGCAGGAAAUGGCUGUUCCCAGGGCAAAUUGAGACUUGUCAGACCAUGAGUGUGUUCAUCCACAUGCCACUAAGCAAAAGUACCAUAGAGGUGAGUGCCUCUUGUGAGAAAAGGUCUUGGGAUGAAUUCAGUUGCUUUUUUAAUCCAAAGAAGCUCUCUAGUGCAUGGGUAGGCAAACUAAGGCCUAAUCGGCUUUUAAAUCCGGCCCGCAGACAGUCUGGGAAUCAGUGUGUUUUUACAUGAGUAGAAUGUGUCCUUUUAUUUCAAAUGCAUCUCUUGGUUAUUUGUGGGGUCUGCCUGGUGUUUUUCAUGAGUAGAAUGUAUGCUUUUAUUUAAAAUACAUCUCUGGGUUAUUUGUGGGGCAUAGGAAUUUGUUCAUUUCCCCCCCCCCAAUAUAGUCCGCCCCCCCAUAAGGUCUGAGGGAAAGUAGACUGGCCCCCUGCUGAAAAAGUUUGCUGACCCCCUCCUCUAGUGCUUCCUAAGGAGAGGCGCUUUUCCUUUUCUGUUUAAGCCAGCCACUAGUAGCUGUUCAAAUACUGUACAUUACUAGUGAGUGGGAUUUCUGUUCAAGAUAUGGAGAGCAUGCUGCAUGAAGCAUUAAUAGCAACUAGCUGAAAAUUGAGAAACCCUGGGGAACUGUAGUGUUGGCACCCUGCCUGAGCAAGACAGUAAAAACCUACAUACUUAACAAAAUUCAAUUGUGGCAUACCAUUUUCUGACUAAAAGCCAGAAAGUAUCUCAUAGAAUCUUAGAGUUGGAAGGGAUCUUGAGGAUCAUGUAGUCCAGCCCCCUGCAAUAUAGGAAUGUGCAGCUGGUCCCUUACAGGGAUCAAACCAGCAACCUUGGUAUUGUUAGCACCACACUCUAACCAACUGAGGUAUCUAAACAGUGGGCCGGCAAAUAAACUCUUCCUUAGUCUAGAUGUUGAACAAGACAAACAAAUCAAGCAGGGUACAGGGAGGGGAUGUUGUUGGUAAUUGUAUAGUAGAAACUUCAUAUGCAGCUUAUUUAGAAAAUCUUAAUAAAAUGUUCAUUGGGGGGACGGAAACGAUGAGCCACAAUUUCUGUAGCUGCUUUCAGCUCUGAAGCUCAACAACUUUGGGGUAAACUUAAGUCCUGAAAAAAGCUAGUAGUUGAUGACAGGUGACUGGACCUGACAUUCAGUGUUAGGGUAUUUAAGGACUCCCGUGUGUUUAAAAACACUUUCAUGAUUCAGUUGACUUCUGGUUUGCCAAAUGUUGUUUGUUUGGGUGCCUACCGUACUAGUUCAGUGGAUUUAUACAGUGUUAAUAUAGCUUAAAGGUAAAAGGCAAAAUUAAAGACAUCUGCUUUCUGUUAUGUUAAGAUCAAAAAGAUUACAAUCUGAGGAGUUGACUCUUCAUAUAUUGAUGUUCCUUCCUGUUUGCAGCUGGGAUAAUAUUUUUUUUGUUCUCGCCUCCGCAAAAUAAAUAUAGUUCUCAUGCAGGAAUCUGGAAAAAGGGGUUUAUUUACAGAGGUAUACAUGAAUUUCUCCCUUUACCUUUAGCAGAAUCCACAAUGUAACCUGCUCAGCUUCCUAAUAUUUCCCCCCAGAAAAAAAAUAGUUUCUCAUCUUAAGUUUGGCAUUUGUCCUACGGGCUUGUCACGAAGCUGGCAAACAGGAUACAUCCAUGGGAAGUGCGGUUUGUUUUGGGCCUUCUCCCAGUAUUUUUCCUCCCACCCUCAUUGUUGGACAGGAAAACUUCCUGCUUUUACUCUCCCACAGCUCCAUGCAGACUGAAAUUGGCACAAUGUAUUGAAGUUAAUGUAUGCCAUAUAAUUUUCAAUAGAUGAAAAUAGUUUGUCAUGCAAUUCUCACCUUGCAUGUUUGUUUCCUGAAUCCUGGUGGAUUUCUAGAUUGGAUUGAGGGUUCUUGCCCUUCCUCUGAAGUAAUAAUCUGUUAUUAAAUUGUAUAUAUGUACAGCAAUUUACAUAUACAUUAAAGCCAAGAAGUCUGACAGGUUGAGAACAUUAGCUGCUUACAGGCCUUUGUAUAUGUUCCUCAUCUUGUAUAGAUGUUGCCUUUUAAUCAGUCAAGUUUUGAACAUGUAGAUUAUACUUUUUAACAUUUUUUAUUAUCGCUAGCAUAUCUUCCUUUUUAAUAGAAAAUUUUCUGGAUAGUCUGAAGAACAUCUCCUGGUGAGUUAGCAAAGAACUAUGUAAACGACAAACAUUGCCAUUAUCAUAUCUAGAACUCCUGUCCUGUUUCUUCUGUUCAUGUGGGAAAGUGCAGAAAGCUGUACAACUCCCUGUGGGCCACAAUUGAUAGGUUGGUGAGACCACCCACUUGUCAAUCACCUAUUGUCAUAAUUUCAGGUGAUAGAUAUUUGUUCAUGUUCUUAAAGCAGUUGCUGUAACUACUGAUCCUUUGAAAAUACUGGAGGAUGUGGCUUUGAGUCCAAGCCUCUUUCUUCGGCCCUCUCAGCUUCAUAAAUAUAGCUAGCUUAAAUAUGAAAAAAAUUUCAGAAUUGAUAGUAUUAAUAUGUUGUGAUAGCUUGAAUUAAUAGCUUAGUUACAGAUUUGGUACUGUCAGGUGCAUAAUAAAUUCCUUUGUCUAGAAUUACUGUUAUGGACUACCAUGCAAAUGUCCUGCAUACAUGCUCUAUAACUUGAACUUGCAGGCGAUAUUUAACUUACUGAGAAUCCGUGUACUUAAAAGUUGUGAUAGCUCAUGAUUGCAAAGAGAAACUUAAACUGCCAUCUGUGACAAGCGGCAUUUUUCAGUAACUCCAAUAUCCUAAAGAUGAGAUAGUCAAGGCUGACUAUGAAGAAGGAAAUGAUCCAGGUUGCACAUAACACCAGGUCAUGUUUUAGUGCAAGAGCUGGAACGAGUCCAAGCAAUGCUUUAGGCUCCCACCCUCCUCUCCUCCUGUAUUCCUGCAACAUUUGGCUUCACUUCCCAUGAAUCUUGGCUUGUCCUUGACUACAAAGCAGAGUUGGUGGUUUAAAACAAAUCCAGGUUAGUUUUGAAAUAAACCAGAUUCAUAAUCCAUAGUUUGAAGUUGCCUCUUUGCUUCAUAUGUUGGGACAAGCCAGGAAGUGAAACAAAAUGAUACAAGAGGAGAGGCAGGUGGAGGAUAGGAUUGGGACUUUGGUCAUGAUAGUUCUAAACCAUGAUUUAGUGUUAAUGUGAACCAGACCAUUAUUGAGCUGCUUGUGUUUAGGGGAAGGUUUUUUGGUUGCUUUCCAGUAGCAAACAUGUAGUAGGAGCACACAACUUCAAACUUGAUCCAUUUGACCUAAAGCUUGCAAUGAGUCACCACUAUCACUAGAAAUCUUGGGCCGCAUGUACAACCUGUACUGUUUCUGGAAGGUCCUGUCAUCUAAAGUGCAAAGCAGCUUUUAUUGAUUGCUCUGGCCUUGCUGUCAUGCCAUAUCAGUUAUCAGGUAGGACAGAAGUGCUAUGAUUGACCUUGGUUUACAAAAGUGCAAAAGGUUGGCUGUUCUUACUGUCUGUCUGGGAUAUUUUCCUGAUGAUGCAAGGUAGCCAGCGGCCGAAUAACCUAGCCUUUAUUUGCAAACUGAUUUGGUUAGAGUGGUUGACAGCACAGCUUGUUUAGAAGAAGUAUACGUUUAACUUGACCCGUUCUCCCAUCAGACACCCACAACAUUCCAGAGCUCAAGGUUACGAUAACAAAAGAUUGUCUUGUUCUGUACUGCUCCUGAGUGAGAUCCAAAAAUGACUGAUGACACCCUAACAUUUGCAUGAACUUUCAUUGUGCUGAGGGUGUUCACGUAUAGCCAUGGGUUCCAUUUGUGUCCCUAGGUUUGUGAUACCUCUAUCUCAGAGAAAUUUGGAAAUUUGAAAGUAGUAAUUUAAAAACCUUCCUCUUCUGAUAUUCACUGUAGUCAUUUUAAUGACAUUCUCAGUCCUACUCUGCACUAAUACCCUCUCAUAUUUUGUACCUCUGAAUAAAGCAGUGCUUUCCCUUUUUAUAUGACAGAUCAAGCUUUAUACUGAAAAAUCUGAGCCAAGUCUGGGGAAAGUGCUGUUUAAAUAUUUCACAUUAUAAUAUCUGCACCUUGUGAAGUCCAUAGAAUCAUAGACCUGUAGAGUUGGAAUGGGACCACAAGGGUCAUCUAGUCCAACCCUCUGCAAUGCAGGAAUCUUCUGUCCAAUGUAGGGCUUAAACCCACAACCCUGAGAUUAAGACUCUCAUACUCUACUGACAGAUCUAUCCCAUGAUUCAUAGGAUCAUUCAUCUCUGCUACUGCCACACACUCACUAUGUACAAUAGCAUUUAUUAUUCCAUGUAUUACAUACAUUUUGAUAGUCUUAUUUGGCACAGGGAUACAGGUUUCAUAAGGUUUGAAACCUAGGAGACUUAGCUGCUAGAGCCAUGUGUGAAAAAGAAGGAAAAGCACUCUUGCCUUGAUGAAGGCACCACUUGAUUCUGCUGCAAGUGCUUCUGAGUUGGAUGAUAUAUUGCAAUGGUCUAGAUUUGACUGUCCACUCAUUUAAGAGAGAAGCAGUGUACAGCUCUGGUCCACACAUCUCAGGAAGGCUAUUGUAGAACUGAAAGAGAUGCAGGAAACAGCAACCAAAGUGACUAGGGUCCUGGAACAACUUCUCUGUGAAGAAAAGUUUGGAGCUUUUAAAUUCAUUGGGAGGGGUGAAUAAGGGGGAGCAUAAUAGAGGUGCUCAUUUGCUUAAUAGUGGGAGAUUCAGGAAGUAACACUUCACACAGCAUAUAGCUAAACUAUGGCAUUUACUUCUGCAAAAUUUAGCAAUAGCCACCAACUUAGGUGGCAUUAAAAAUGGAUUUGACAGCUUCAUGGAGCAUAAGGGUAUCUAGCUGCUCGUUUUGAUGGUUAAAUACUACCUCCAGGACAAGAGACACCAUGGCUCUGAUUUACUGUGAUUUACUUAAUGUUCUAAAAUGAUUCCAUGUAGUAAUGAGAGGCAUGAAAACAGCAUUGAGCUAGUUCGGUCAUGAAGCACUGGGCACACCUCACUCUGCAGUAAGCAGGAUUCAUAUCCCCUGGGCAAAGUGAGCACUUGAUGGUUGAUUACUCAGCAGGGCCUGUUUACUUCAUUGUGACGAGUGCCUCAGAUAUACCCCAAGGCUGUGAAGUCUACAGCUGCGGACAAACCAUACAUUCAAAGCACAUGACUUCCCCCAAAGAAUCCUGGGAACUGUAGUUUAAGGGUGCUGCAAAUUGUAGCCCUCUGAGGGGUGAACUACAGCUUCCAGGAUUCUCAUAAUGUGCCAUUCAUUGGUGAAAGUCUUCCUUUAAAACAAGGAUUUUGAAGACUUUGUAGGCACUUAUGAACUAUAGUUGGUCUACUGGAAAACCAUAUAACUUUCCAAAAUCACAUCGAUAUCUAUGUAUCUGUGUUUUUCUAAUAUUACAUAGUUCUCUGGGACAUUUGAUACUUUCCUAUAGUUUCAGUGCUUCAAAUUGAAGCCAAAAGCAAGAGUGCAGGCAGGACACAAGUUUCCAUUUUUCCAUCAGAAAUAUUAACUUAAAGUGUGUAUGUACUAAAAAUAGUUCUAUGUGUUAGUGAACUAAAAUCUUGCCAUUAAUUAAUUAAAACACCUUUAUUCAUGUUGCAGCCCUAUUUCAAGGCAGCCUGGAGAUGUCAGAUGGCUCUCUGACAUGCAGUCCCCCCCGCAGCUUGAUCACCUCUAUAAAGUUCAACAUCAUUAUGAAUCCACUUCUUCUAUCAUAUAUUCAUUACCUUUACUUGGAUAUAAAUGUCAUGGAGUAUAAGGCUUUCUAUGCUUACUAGCUACAAUGGUUAUGUUUACCUCCACUCUCCUAGACAGUAUGCCUCUGAAUGUCAGUUGCCGCUCAGCAAAAGUGGAGAGUGUGCUGUUGCGCUCAGGUUCUGCUUUUGGACUUCCCACAGGCAUCUGGUUGGCUGUUGUGAGAACAGGGAUGCUGAACUAGAUGCACCACAGGCCUGAUCCAGCAGGCUCCUCUUACGUUCUGGAUUUAAAUAAACCUUUUGGCGAAAGCAGUUCUAAUUAUUCAUAGAAUCAUAGAGUUGAAAGAGACCACAAGGGCCAUCGAGUCCAACCCCCUGCCAAGCAGGAAACACCAUCAGAGCACUCCUGACAUAUGGUUGUCAAGCCUCUGCUUAAAGACCUCCAAAGAAGGAGACUCCACCACACUCCUUGGCAGCAAAUUCCACUGUUGAACAGCUCUUACUGUCAGGAAGUUCUUCCUAAUGUUUAGGUGGAAUCUUCUUCUUGUAGUUUGGAUCCAUUGCUCCGUGUCCGCUUCUCUGGAGCAGCAGAAAAUAACCUUUCUCCCUCCUCUAUGUGACAUCCUUUUAUAUAUUUGAACAUGGCUAUCAUAUCACCCCUUAACCUCCUCUUCUCCAGGAGUUCAUCAGUUCAUUGUGCAUAAGUUUCCACAUGGCAGACUAUUUUGAAGAAUGUCUUUUCAGCCUUAGGAAGAAAUAGCAGCCCAGUUCACUGCACUUUUGCAAACAAAAAACACAACAAAAAAGCUAGACUUGAGAGUUUUAUGACCUCAGCAUUCUUGUAGCUACAUAGUGUUCUUUAGCAAAGGGGUUGUAAAAACCCCUUCACUGUUGCUAGUGAUACAAAAAACAAAACAAAACAAAACACCAACUCGUAAUCCCCUAGGGCCGGCCUAGGGACACUAUGGGCAUUUAGAAAUGUGUACAUUGCCAUCUUGGAUUUGGCAGAGCAGAUUUCCAAACUAGCUACAGUGGUGCCUCGCAAGACGAAAUUAAUCCGUUCCGCGAGAGUCUUCGUCUAGCGGUUUUUUUGUCUUGCGAAGCAAGCCCAUUGACGGAUUAGCGCUAUUAGCGCUAUUAGCGGUUUAGCGGCUAUUAAAGGCUUAAAGGCUUAGGGGAUUAGCUGCUAAAAGGCUAUUAAAGGCUAUUAAAGGCUUAGCAGAUUAGAUAAAGGGGGAAGCGAAAAAAAUCUCAAGACUCGCAAGGUAUUUUCGACUUGCGAAGCAAGCCCAUAGGGGAAUUCGUCCUGCGAAGCAACUUCAAAACGGAAAACCCUUUCGUCUAGCGGUUUUUCCGUCUUGCGAGGCAUUCGUCUUGCGGGGCACCACUGUAAUUGAACCUUGGCUUCCCAAAAAGCCAUUACUUUUGCCCACCUAAAAUUGAAAAGGGAACUAUAGUGGCACAGUUGCAUUGCUAGCCAACAAGCAGGCAGCAUUUGUCUACUUGAAUGAAUAGCAUCAGUGUUUAAGGACCUGUGGGCAUUCAGGCAGAGUCUUGGCAAAUUACGAAAGACUUGCUCGAUGAAGAGAGGAUGGAGCUCCCAAUGUCUGCUUCUUUUUGUCUAAGGUUAAUUUAAUAGGAACUUGUGCUUCUUGAUGCUUGCCCUUUCUCUUUGUUUGCCUUGUAUCCCUCAUCCUGACGCUUCUGGCUUCUCAUAAUCUGCCCUGACUUAAUUUCUCAGGAGUAUCCUGGGUAUAAAACCUUCCUUUUCAAGACCUCCUUGGUCUGCCACUCUAUGUAAAUGUGAAGGUGCAGUUCUUGUGGGUGUCCCUUUGACUGUAUUAAAGGAGCUAAGUUAAUUCAUCUUGAAACCUACCUUUUCCUCUUAGUACACUUCCAGAUUCACUGUUUUGACAAUUAGUGUUUUACCAACAAGAAUAUGCACAUAAAGUUGUAUCCAAUCAAGUUUUCCCACUGGCAGUGAUACCUCUGCGGAUGCAACCACACUUCUGUCCUUUCUGCAUGCCCCCACAAUCUAAUAAUUCUGUCACUAUUUUGGAUAGAAACGGAGGACAUCCAUUAUUUCAAUGAUGGAAGAUUUGGGUGAGGGCAGCCACCUACUUGAGAAUAUACAUUGUAUUAACUUCAGCCAUGUUUCUGACAAUAUAGCGACAUGAGGGCUCUAACCACAGUUGUCUUGGAGUAAAAAUAGUUCUCUGGAAUCAUAAGUAUUGAUUGCUGUGAGAGGUACAGUUGCUAGAUAUUGGGUUGGCACAUACAUAAUAAGCCAAAAUACUUUGAAAGUGAAAUGAAACAUUAGUGAAGGUGCUUCUUCCAUCCCUCAAGAGAGUAGUGGGGGAGCAUGCAGGUCCAAGGCAGUCUGUCUCUGGCUCAUGGACAUAGCAUUAAAACAUGGUUUUACAGUGUGUGUGAACCAGCCCAAUGUGCCUUGUUACGUGAUCCAAUUUGAAACUGAGUUAUAGCAUACAGUGGUGCCUCGCAAGACGAAAUUAAUUCGUUCCGCGAGUUUUGUCGUCUUGCGAUUUUUUUCGUCUUGCGAAGCACGGUGUCGGGAAAGUUGGAAAAGCUUCAAAAAUCACCAAAGUCUUUAAAAACCUCAAAAAGUCUACCACACCGCGUUCUAUGAGUUGCUCCUCGAAGUCAAGUCGCAACUGUAUUAACGGUGUUAAGAAAAAGGAAACAAACUUGCAAGACGUUUCCGUCUUGCAAAGCAAGCCCAUAGGGAAAAUCGUCUUGCGAAGCAGCUCAAAAAACAAAAAACCCUUUCGUCUAGCGAGUUUUUUGUCUUGCGAGGCAUUCGUCUUGCGAGGUACCACUGUAUUUGCAAUUCAGUCGAAAUAUAUAGUGCUCUUCUCAAAGUUUUUCAGUUGUGUCUUUGUGACACAUGCAUACUAUAAAAGUCUUUGUAUAAUGUAAGUAUUUAAAGCAUGUUCACAGCAGUGGUGGGGAGCUUGUAACUUUUGAAAUGUGCCUGGACUCUAAUUCCCAUCGGUCCCUGUCAAAAUGGUCAGUGGUCAGGGAUGAUGGGAGAACUUUGUAAAUCAGUAACAUCUGAAGAGCCACUGGUCCCCGCCUGUAAUUUGCAGGGUAGGAUUGGCUAGUACAUACCUGUUUUAAAGGGCUUAUUGUACUUACAACUUUUGCUUUUCUCUUUGUUUAGGACUUUUCAGAACUGGAGAAGAGAGAUCCCCAAGAACUAGUUGGUGAGUAUGAACAAGCUCUAGCAUGCCUGUUCUCGUCAAUGUUUCCUUGCCUUUCCUGCUCUUCUUGGUUGGCAUAUGAUACAGUAUUGGAGAUAUGCUGGAUUUUUGGGAGGUUGCCAGAAGUUACCAUUUUGAAAAGAGCAGAAACAUUUAUGGAAAACUUCCAUUGCAGUCAUUGUUUUCCAGUCUGCUGCUGCUUAGGUUUUGGAGCAGGUGAAAGGGAAGGCACCAUCACCCCCAUUGUCAGGCCAAGGAACCUUUGCUUUGGUAUGCAUGUCCCUUGGAAAGUGAAGGGAAGGCUUCAGCUUUUGUAUGCAGAUCCUCUGUACUGCAAUACUUAAGUGCAAAGCAGUUUCACAUUCUUUGAAAAUUUGUUAAAGGAGGCUCAUUUCCCAAGGGGUGAAAAUGUUUGUAAAAACUUCCCUGCCACUUCAUUUAUGCUCAGCACUCUAUAGUACAGUCGUAACUUGGUUCUCGAACACCUUGGUACUCGGAUGUUUUGGCUCCCGAACGCCGCAAACCUGGAAGUGAGUGUUCCGGUUUGUAAACGUUUUUUGGAAGCUGAACGUCCGACGUGGCUUCCGCAGCUUCCGAUUGAGUGCAGGAAACUCCUGCAGCCAAUCGGAAGCAGCCCCUUGGUUUUCAAACCGUUUUGGACUCCCGGAAUGGAUUAAGUUCAACAACCAAGGUACAACUGUAUAGGCACAUAUUGAAUUGGUCACAUCUGUUAACAUUUUAUUCCCAUUCAUUGGAAUUGCUACCUGUAUAAACUGUGGUUCUGAUACUAGUGGCUGCAUCUUGCUUCUUUUUUCUGAUUCAGCAACUAAAUGUACCUUAGAGCAGGGACUCCCAAACUUUGAUGUGCGAGAUUCAGGUGUCCCAUAGCAUGUCAGUAAAAAUGCAAUUAAAAAUCAUAUAGCUCUUAGGACAGCACAUUACAAUUGCUACAACUAGCAGAAAAAUCAUUAGGUGGUUGCCCACGACCCCCAGCAAUUUUCAAGUAGUCAGGUGUCUUAGAGCAUUAUGUCUCAGUGUCUUAGAGUUACAGCAUCACGUGGUUCAUUCUUCACACUACACACGGGUCCUGCUUUACUAAUGUUCACUAUGUGAAAAUUCACUUAUCCACAUAUGAGGAAUUAGUACCCAAACCAUGCUAUACACACCAGAGAUUCAGAUAUCUGAACAAACAACAUUUUUUUACUUCUUUGUUUGCCUUUUGCUGGCUGGCUAAAGAAUGGAGGGGGAGUGAUAAGAUUUUUCGGGGAGGGUUGACUUUUGGGUGUCAAAAAUCCUUGUUCGGGAACAGAUUACAAAUUUUGCCAUAGGAAUCAAUGGAAAUUGUUGGUUCAUUAUGCAAAUGCUCACUUAACAAAUGAUUCCCAGGGAAUUCAUUGUAUUUGGUAAGCGGGACCUGUGCAUAUAUGCAAAAUUGUAUAGCCGUUUUUCAGUGUAUAUGAAAAUGUAUGCAGUACUCUAGAGCUUGUAUACAAGAGUUGCAAAUGUAUCUGAUUAGAAAAGAUCAGAAUGUGCUGAUCUUGUUCUGCAUUCUUGAGCCCACAAACAGAAGUCAGUAACUGUAGUGGCCUUUCAAAAUUGGAUGACUCAGUGGCAUAUUGAUGCCUCAUAUACUUCCCUACAGUUCUAUUGUUAGUUGCCAGGAAAUAACGAACACCCUCUCUCCCAGGCAUGAAGUUAUAGCUGGCCCAUCCCAUUUGAGACUGAAGAGGAUUUAAGUAAAUAAAUGAUGCUUCCUUUUGGGUUAGCAUUGUGGGGAAUGUCUCAGGGUGAUUUUGCACACUUGGCUGCAGUUCACCAGCUGGCUGUAAAUGUGUAAAAUAAUUUAAAAGCACUAUUUGUUUGUAGGGUUUAUUAUUCAAUGCAAGAUCAACUGCAGAAUGUGUUAUUUAAUGAAGAACAAAGUUGACCAUCUCUCUAUACCAGUGUUUCUCAACCUUAGGUCCCCAGAUGUUGUUGGACUACAACUCCCAUCAUCCCUGAGCUCUGGCCUUGCUAGCUAGGGGUGAUGGGAGUUGUAGUUCAGCAACAUCUGGGGACCCAAGGUUGAGAAAGGCUGCUCUAUACAGAUACCCUAUAGAAGAUUUAUAACUACGUAAGUGGUGAACCUGCAGUAAAAUGUGAUGCGGCGCUCCUCUUUAAGAUAAUCUUCCUUCAGUUUCCCCACUCCCAAUGGUCAGCAUUCCAUACCCACUGAGCAGACUCAGUCCUUACUGCAUUGAGGGUGGGAUCAGUCCAUCUCUGCUUAGAGUUUAUUCUAAAAAUACUUAAGCAAACCUUGGGGUUCCCCCAGCCUGCUGUUACCUCCCCUUUAUGGGUGGGAGAUGCUGCUUAGUCUAAUGGCAACUAAUUAUAACCAAUUAAUAAAAGCAUGCUAGUAUCAAUCUAGUUUCACUUUAAUCCAUUUAAUACUACAAUGGCACCUCGGUUUUCAAAUGUCUCCAUUGACGAACCUUUCAGUUUUCAAUCACCGUAAACGUGGAAGUAAAUGCUUCAGUUUUCGAACACUUUUCAGAAGUUGAAAAUGCCACGUGGCUUCCAUAUUGAGGCUUCUGUAUUGAGUUUUCGGUUUUCAAACGUUUCAGAACUCGAACGAUCUUCCGGAAUGGAUUACGUUCGAAAACCGAGGUACCACUGUAUUCCAGACCAUGAUCUAAAAUAGCCCUUAGAGUGGGGUGAAUUACUGGUAAUAGUAGGUAAGCUUAUGGCUGUCUUAAUUCCAAACCUUUGGCCUGGCUAAUAAAACUAGCUUUGUUCAGUUCCUCUUGUAGCCUGUUGGCAAAAGCAUAAACUUUAAAGGAGUUCCCCAAUAUUGUUGUGGAGACUUCUUCCAUUAUUCUUCCCUUCAGAAAUCCAUUGGGAUAAAAAACGUAAUUGAGAAGCAUAAUGAUAGAAUUAGAUGAGCUAAUUCCUUCCUUAUUUCUUACUACAUAUCUUUGUCUUGUUUUGGUAUGCUGGAGGUACUAGCUAAAAUUUGUAGACCUUGUUCGGAUCCUUUGCAGGCUAGAAUCAAGCAAGGAACUACUGCAUUUGUCCUCAAGACCAGCCAGCAGCUUAAAUUGCUGCAGCACCUUAGCUGGAGUCAGUCAUCUCUUUGGGGAUUUUCAUCCAUAUUCAUGGCAUGUCAAAUAGCCAACUGUGGACAGUUGUACAAUCCCAGUUCUGUGUUUUGGUUUUCACAACCAUGGGCUAGGGACACAUAUGGUGUCAAAAGCCUCCCUGCUACACAUUUAGACAUGUAAUGGAUUUGGGUAGCCAAGUGGCCACUAGGACACUUUAAAUGUGAUCAUAUGGGAACGAUUCCCCAUGGUGGGUAAUUGUUUGUAUCAACCCCAAUGCAAAGCUUCUGGUCUUCACAGCAUGCAUGGUUUGGCUUUCAAGAGGCAUUAAAGGCUGUAUUUUGAGGAAGGAUUUUAAAGGCACAAGCAUUCCAAGAAAAUGUUCGUGUUUUGUGAGGCAACAAAGAGGAACUGUAAAUCUUUUUGAAUUGAGAGAAAAGCCUGGCCCUGUUGAUGGACAGGGAAGUAAGACAAUAAAAGUUUUUGGCUGGUCAUCACAUGAAAGAACCGGAAGGUGAUGUAGUACUAUAGAAACCCUUGAAGUGGCCAGUAGAUUACUAUGAAAGGAGAAGGAUGCCUGUCUGAUUUGUGGGUAAAAAGCCAACUGAGCAGAUCAGGUUCCUUAUAUAUAUGGCUUGUAUUCUAGCAAUACAAUUCCAGUUGUAGAUUUAGCCCCAGCUUAUUGGUAUAUGUUCCCUGUGGCUUCCAUUGCCUUAGCCAAGCCCUUAGUCAAACCAUAGCUUCAAGGUAUGAAUAAUUAUUUACUUCACAAGCCAGAGGUUGGGUGUGCCUAUAAUGGUGAAUCAUGCUAAUAUUCAGCUUCCUGCAUUCCCCUUGCAGUACGCCUUAGGCUGGAAGCCAGCGGGCGCACACACCCAGUCAAACGGUACAACCAAUGUCAGGUCACCACACCUGACUGGCACAAAAGUGGAUUUGAUCUUUGGGGGAAAUGACAGGGUGUAGAAUGCACGAAAUGUCUGAAAGUGCGCCCUGGCAACAUAUAUUCAUUUCCAUUUAUUGUGGAAUUAAGGUGAAGGCAGCAGGUGUUAUACACUAUACAAUGUUGUGCAUUUCACACUGCUUAAAUUGCUGUAACAAAAUUUAUUCCUGAGACUACCUCCUUGAUUUCAGCACAUUGAUAAACAAUUGGUUCUUGGUUAACUUUCUGUGUCACUCAGGAGAUUAUAUAGGGGCUCCCCCCCCCCCCCCGCUUAGGGCACUUUUUAUGGCUACUUGCUAACUUUUGUUGCCGUUAUCGUAAGAAGCGCCUGACGCACAUGUCUACCAGCCAUUUCCUCUUGGGUGCAGAUUGGCAUGCAGAUAGAAGGUGGGGCAUACUCUUAUGACAGAAAAGAGUGAGGCCGAGAAUGGGGAGGGGGAUAGUGAAAAGUGCACAAGUCUGAAUUCUGAAACAAACCUUCAGCCAUAUAAAAAGCUAAGUCUCAAGAGAAUGCUUCUUGAUUCCCUUACAUACUGAGCUCUGGUGUAGUCAAUCAUAGGAGAGCGACCAAAUUUCAAGCGUUAAAAUAUUAACCUAUUCGCCAUCAAAGCUCAUUAAACAGAUUAAAUUUAUUUAGAAGGCAUGUGCAAGGAUGCAGUAAAAUCCCAAACCAAAUUAUUAGAGGAAAACAUAUAUAGAUGAAACUAACAGUAUUUGCUGCCUAAUUGUAAAUGCCAUCUCUCUAGCAUGCCACUUCUGGCACUGUUUGCCAUUCCCUGAGCUCCCGUCAGUGUCUUCUGUAGAACAGUAUUAAAUCCUUUUCCAGCCUAACAAGGACCCUCAAGAAAACACAAAAGCCUAAUACCUAGCUAGCUUUAGAUUGCACAUGAGGUUGGGUAUCUGACUUCAUUAAAGUCUUUUAAAAAAUCACCUUUUCCCUCAGAUGUCUGGUCUCCGUUGUAAUGAAACAUCGGUGGUACCACCACUUGGUACUUGAGACAUUCUUAAUUAGAAAUGAACACACCCCUCACAUCACUGGCUUUGUAACCUAUAACAAGUCCGUAGCUUGUUGUCAAGGGGCUCUGGAGCCAAACUGUGUUCCUCUGGGGAUGUUGGCAAGAUUUCUGUUCUUCACAGAAGCACAUUCUCUGGAAAUGCCAAAGGACAUUUCUUUGUUACUUGUGACUGCUAGCGAACUUAACCCUAAAUAGCAUGCUAAUGGAAGAGCAUGUGCUGGAGAGGAGAUGCUGCAAUUUGGGAGAUGCUCAAAUUGCAGAAUUCUGAAGGCAGAAUUAGAAUUUUAAACUGAGGCCCAGGUGUUUGUUUGCCUUUGAUUACGGUGGAUACAAACAUGACAAGACACCAGUGGUAAAAAGCUAGAAGCAGAUGCAUGGCUAAGUCUUCAGACAGUUCUAUAUGCUCAUGUUUGUAGAUCCGUCCUGUCUACAAAAGGUUCAGAGCAGAUAAGAGUAAUAGGAAUAUAGCAGAAUAUUUUGCCCCUCCAUCCUUUGAUGGACAUAAGAGUGAGUCCUUAAGUUAAUAUUAACUGGAAGCAAGUAGUGUAAUACAGUUGCUUGUGAACUAUAAUGCCUGCCUGCUACUGGGGAAAUCUUUCUGCCUACACAUGCUGUUUGCGAUGUAAACAUUACUGUCCCCAAACUAGGAAAGUUCUAAUCAUGUUAUUAUUAUAUUAUUUAAAAAAUGGAAAAAUGCAGUGGAAAAGGGAUUUCCAGGAUGAAUGCCCCCACCCUGCCCACUUUUUAAGUAGCAGCCUGUUUUCAAGCUCAAAGAAAAGCAUUCGUUCACAAACAGCAUAUUGUCUGAGCUUUUCAGGCCAAGACUGAAGGCAGAGCCUGAUGCCAAGGAAAGGGACAAGAGCGUGGUACACAGUGUCGCCUUGGAAUAAUGUCCUUUUGAAGAGCAGCCUUUUUCCUGUAGUUGUAGAAACAUUGUGUCUAAUUCUCUCUAUCACCAACAGCCCACAUGCAUUUAAGAACAAAACCUGGACGCUGCUGCAUGUUGGUCAGGUUAUGCCCCUAUUUUGGCAGUUGUGAUACAUUUUAAACAAGAAAUGUUCAGCAUUUGACCUGUAUCUUGUUCCAGUUCUCUCUAAACAAUUCUCUGCUGCAUUCAGUUCUUUGAUAAACUUCAGGCUUUCACUUUUCCCUUUUAAAAACUGAUUUGCCCACAUAAGUUUAGAACCAUCAUAUUUUGAGAUGCAGAUUUUGGAAAUAAUUGCAAUGCCAAAAUUCUUGGUCAUCAAUAUUGGGUGAAAUAUUUAACUGGCAAGAGGCACUGAUCAAACUUCUCGAUGCUCCUGUGGUGGUUCUUAAACUGAACAAAGUUUAAACAAUAAUUGUCUGUGGCUAGCAAUUUGCUUUAAGAAUAAUCAGCAGUUGUUGAGUUUAUUAGGUACUGUACCUUGCAUAUGAACCAGUUGUCACCAUGAUCUAAACCAAUGCUAAUAAUAUAUGAUAGUAAAUAUGAAAAACACUUUCCCCAAAAAAUUAAAGCUGAAGAAUUGCGUUAAAGAUAGAAGCAUUGAGCUUCCAGUUUCCUGCAUGUCUGCCAAUGCACUUGCUUCUCAGUCUUCGGAAACCACUGACAAAAAGGGGAUUGUUUCUUUUUAAGAUCAGAAGUACAGGAACUUAACAUGCUUAAAUCUCUUUAAUGCUCUUUGCUAUUCUAAUGGCCUCCUUUCUAUUUCUAGCUUCCUUCUCUGAGCGAGUAAGAAACAUGUCUCCUGAUGAGAUCAAAAUUCCUCCAGAACCUCCUGGCAGAUGUUCCAACCACUUACAGGUCAGCUUAAUUUUUCAUUUUUCAAAUCCUAUUUCUGUAACCCAUGUCAUAUAUUAUAUCUUGUUGAGGUUUUGACUGUAACUCAAAAUUCCACAAAGGUUGCUGGUGUUCUUAACCACCUUUUUGUUUCAGCCAGCCUUGCAAAUAAUUAUUGAAUUUGCAUAUUCUUGCUGAGCAAGGCCUUCCUACCUUUGCCUUCCUACCCCAAGCCCUACCCAACCCCCUGAAAAUCCACUCAUGAAGGUCAAGGAGCCUUCUGGAAUGGUGUACAAUGUGGUAUGGAGAACUAAAAUGGGCAGGAGACAUAGUGGGAAUCUGGUCCUCCUCUGCCUUUGAGCUAGGGCACUGUCAGUGGGCGGUUCCCUAAACCGAAUGGAUGGAAGGUUCCCUUCUCCUGAUGGGAUUACACUCCCUCUGAAUGAGUGAAUAUGCAGCUUCUGGAUCCAUUGCUGUCACCUGAGGCUCAGGUGGCCUCAGUGAUGCAGAGUGCCUCCCAUCAGCUUCGGCCGGUGCAGAAUUCAGCAGCCAGGUUGCUUACCGAGGCAAGAUAGUUUGAGCAUAUAACGCCAAUCCUGGCCCAACUGCAUUGGCUGCCAAUUAGUUUCUCAGCCUAAUUCAAAGUGCUGGUUAUGACCUAUAAAGCCUUAAAUAGCUCAGGACCACAAUAUCUCAAGCACUGCUUCUCCCUAUAUGAACCAACCUGGACCCUGUGAUCGUCAUCCACAAGAGGUCCGGAGGCUGGCAACAUGAGAACGAGCCCUUUCUGCGGUGGCUCAAUGCUUGUGGAAAGCUCUCCCCAGGGAAGCUCGCCUUGUGUCUUUAGGCGAAUACAUUUAGGCGAAUCCCUCAUCUCCCAGGCCUUUGGCUCAUUAAACAAUUUAUGGCCAUUUAAAUUGGGGGGGGGAGGGUUUGUGUUACUUUUUAACUAUGGUAUGUAUUUUUGUGUUUCUAAAUAGUAAAGAGCCCUGUGAUCCUCAGAUGAAGGGCAGUAUAGAAAUUUUAUUAUUAAUAAUAAUAAUAACAUAAAGAACAGUCCAGAUAAAGGUGUGUAUAUUGCUUUUAAGUGUAAAAGAACCCUUUUGGGCGGAUGGGAGUGUGCCAUUUAACUUCUCUUUCAAUACACGUGUGUUUGCUGUGAAGCAUUCUGGAAUAUUGCCACUGCUUUGUAUUGAUUCCAUGACUCUUUUCUGUGUAGGACAAGAUACAAAAGCUGUAUGAGAGGAAGAUAAAAGAGGGCAUGGACAUGAACUAUAUCAUUCAAAGGAAGAAAGAGUUCCGCAACCCAAGGUAAGACUGUCUGGUUGCAUCUAAAGGGUUCCACAAGCUACAUAUGGUCCUCUUCUAUAUUUUUAACCUCUUCAGUGAGAGGAGGGCCUAGUUAGAUAUGAAUAAAGAUGGGCAAUGCUGAAAAAUAAUGUAUUUUGAUUGUUUAUUUCAGCAUCUACGAGAAGUUGAUCCAGUUCUGUGCGAUUGAUGAACUUGGCACAAAUUACCCCAAGGUGAGUGGAACAAAUAACUUGGGUGGGGAGGGGGGAUGUUAGAUGGGAUUCCCGACGUCUGUGAGAAUAGGUUCCUAUUCUCCAGGUUUUUUGGACAGCUGGAUGAAACAGUCCAUUGAAUGCAAGCAGUUUCCUGUCUUUAAUACCUCACACCAUUAGAAUUAAUGAGGGGGAGAGCAGGGCCAUACUCACUGGUCCCGUCCCUUCCCAUCAUCCAGCUCUGUCAGUAUACGCAUUUGAAGAUAAACACGUGGGUUUGGAACUUUGCAUGAUUUAGGAUCCUGGCCAUGACGAAGAUGCAGUAGAGGGGAUGGGGCGAGUGAACACACCCCCACUCUCACCUCACGCAGUUCUGGCUAAAUACCCUCUGCACAGAAUUUAGUACAGUCUCAACGUUCUACUGUUACUGAGUUACUCUUCCCCAUAGUUGUGCCAAAGUACAUGACCUGAUCAAGGCGUUUAAGGGAUGAACGUUCUGUGACAGCUAAUCCCCUCGCCAUCAUUCUCUGUCCUUUAGCACCAUCUUUCUUUCCCAUUUAGAUUCUAGUUGUUAGGAUAAUGUUGUAAUGUCUAUAAACUUUUAUAUAUUGACUUUUUUUUUAAAGGAAAUAAACAAAACUGGAAUGCAGAAUUAAGAGCUUUGUCUUCUAACUUGAUAGAUUGUAUAUCUUAAAAUUCAUAUUUACAUAACUUUUCUUUCUCUUCUCUUUUAGGACAUGUUUGAUCCUCAUGGGUGGUCUGAGGACUCCUAUUAUGAGGCACUAGGUAUUGCAUCCAGCUUUUGUUUUGAUACUCUCUCUAGUGUUUGUGAAUGAUUCUGGAACUUCAGAGAUGGUUUAAUUGAACCUAUUUAUCUGUACAGUGCCUUUUCUUUAAGGAGCUCAAAGCACUGUACCUGAGGAUCUAUACCAUUCCCCCCCCCCCUUUAUCUGAAUGGGAAGAAACUAGCUGCUUGUUGGCUGUGUCCUGGGGAGAAUAUUUUUAUUGGAAAGGGCUCUACACCGAAAAUAUUUUUUUGGGAAGCAGGCACACUUAAGAAUCCAUGCUAUCAGUAUCUUCUUAAGUGUUGUAGCCCUGUUGAUCCUCCUGACAUGGGAAGCUCUAAUAGGGAUUCAAAAUUGCUUUGUGGUGUUGAAUCUUUUGAGUGUGCUCACUGUUCUGUGGUUCUAUUUCCAGCGAAAGCACAGAAAAUUGAAAUGGACAAGCUGGAAAAGGCCAAGAAGGAGCGAACUAAGGUACCAGAUUAUAACUUCAAAAUAUAGAGAAAUUAUUUUGAUCUGUGCUCCUUCUACUGAACUUAAUCCAACUGCUUAGCCACCCAAUCACAAAAUUUCUAUUAGUCACACUGAGCAAAUCAGAAAUUUGCUUUUUAUAUGGGUUACCAGUAUUCUUGAACCAAUAGCAUGAGAUGUUAUUUGUGAUACUUCACAAUUUAUCUGUGCAUUCAUUCAGAGCCACCCCAUUGCUAUCCAUCAUAAAACAGAGCAGACUAAAUUAGGAGAGGCCUGAAUUUGUGUACAUUACCCAAAUAGUUAGCAAGACAUGCACACCCCUUUACAUAGCAGUUUAGAGUUUCCUGGCAGCAGAUAUUUCUGUGGCUAACUUCUUUGUCUCCGUCAUUCGGUUUGCCCCUUUUGUUUUACUUCCUGUAAUAAGUGCCCAGCUCUGUGAUAUUGUUUUCUCCCAUGAUCAUAGACUUGGAGACGUGUGCUCAGACUGUGGUUUCUCUGGUUGCUAGAUUGUAAUCUGUAAUGCAGACCAUAUAAGUCAUGCAUGUAGAGACAUGAAUUGCAGAAGCAUAAAUUGUACAGUGAAGGAACGUGAGAUUCUAACCUCAUUAUUUGAAGUAUCUUAUGGGAUUAGAGAAGGACUAGAAUUUGUCGCUCCAAAAUCACUCCAUCUGAGUCUGAAGAUGGAGUUGGUUACCUUGUCUGGUGUGUGGGUGUGUACACACACACACACACACAAAGCUUUUAUUAACUACUAGCAGCUAGUUAUAUCUGUGUUUUCAUUUAUUGAAUCUCUAACAACUUAUAUAGUUGUGUGUCUUCAACAGUCAACGAAGAUGUCCUGCUCAUAAACCCUUUUUUGCCAUGUUCCUAAUGCCAACGAAUAGGUAUCUUAAGUACAGAAUAUGAUUUGCUUCCACUUCUUUUCUAGAUUGAGUUUGUAACAGGCACUAAGAAAGGAACAACAAAUGCUCCCUCUACAACCACCACAACAGCCAGCACUGCAGGUGGUGGUAAGUUAAACAUCAUGACUUUGCAUCUUAACUCUGGAAUCUUAACUCUGGAACACACAAAAGCCAUGGAAUCUUCAUCAUAUGUCUCUUCCUUUUGGCAUUUACUGUGAGAGAGCAAAUAAACUGCAAAUUAUGUUUGGCACCUGAAAAGUUUGCCCCCCAAAAACUACAGGAUCUGAAUUUUUUUUGAUGAAAGCAGAAAACUCUGAUUCUGCAGCCAAUACAAACUGAGUAACUUAGAACAGAAUUCAUGAAACUGUAAAAUUAAGUAUCUUAUGUAAUCCUAUCUGCAGAAGUUGAGCAUUCUUACCAGAACAAGCAUGCUGAUAGACACUGGUAGAAGUAUUUUGGAAAAAAGGGGGGUAGAUCACUGCCAGAUUUUAAUUCUGAAAGUAGAUCACAGUCCCUCGGGAGUUGGCCACCCUUGGACUAGUAGAAUCCUUCUCCCUGAUGUACUAAACUCUCACUAAUGGGGGGUUACUGAUAUGAAGAAAUAAUUCAGUUAUAUGCAUUCUGCUACCAGAAUUCUAAAUUGGGACAGUCAUAGGAGGGCUGUGCAACAUGCUUUUUGGAGCAUGUAAGUUGGUUCUGUCAGCAUGGAAUGGCUGAAAGCGUCAUCAUUUAAGGGUUGCUCUUCAAGGAAUAGUGACAAAAAGCAUCUUGUCUGAUCUGGGCUGCUGAAAUUAAUGCUUGCUUUUUGCAUACACAGAUGCACAGAAGAGGAAAAGCAAGUGGGAUUCUGCCAUUCCUGUGACAACAAUAGCUCAACCCACCAUUCUCACUACUACUGCAACACUGCCAGCUGUGGUAACCGUCACAACCAGUGCAAGCGGCUCCAAAACAACAGUGAUCUCGGCAGUUGGCACCAUAGUGAAAAAGGCAAAGCAGUGACGAGUGCAGUGAAGAGACUGACUUUGAUUCAUGCCAAAAGCACCACUUGCAGAAGUCAGAGGGGUAGGAGAUACUCUCCUUCUGGUGCAAAAACGAAAGACUGUUUAAAAAAUGGACACACAAGAAGAGGAGGAGGUGGCUAUGCAUAAUCACAACAGAUAUCUAUGCGUGAAGAAGCUCUCUUUGUUGGAGGAGCUGCCCCUUACUGAGUUGCGUGCAAUGAAAUGUCAGUGUGUAAAUAUUAGUUCACUAAAUGUUGUAUUAUAAUUGUGACUGUCUUAGGAUCCUUUGAACUCUGUGAAAUGAGAACUUGAGCAAGAAACUACUGAAGUCAAUCAGUUGCACUGUGAACCAUUCAAUACUGAGUGACAUCUACUUGCUCUCGCUUCUCAUCUCUGCCUCCAGCAAUUACAGGCAGGGGUGCCUUAUUCAGUUUUCCUGCAGAUAAUUGUAAGAGUCAUAAAGAAUUGAUUGUAUAUAGGCUCACUUUCAUGCAAACCAUGAUAGAGACUUGUGUGGAUUGCCCUUAUGUCUCCCAUUUAGUUUCAGUCAUCUGGGGCUUGAAAGCCUGGACAUUUGAAACUGCAAAUCAACACUGAUGUUUAUGUCUAGCCGUUCGAGAACCAUUGCGCAUAAUUUGGACUCUACUGAGGAGAAGGAGCUUGUGAAACAGAAAGAAGCACCAAAUAGUUUCUACAGAUGUAAGCUGGUGCCAGAGCUCAUUUGCCCCCUUUAAAUGUCAGUGUGCAUGUUAGUGACAAAGGUACCAAACUGUAUAAUUGCAAUAAUGCUGCCAUUUUCACCAUUCUAAUGACAAAGAUGCUGUUGAUUUGUAUAAGCUUUCUUACCUGUGUAACUGAACUUUGGAAUAUAAAAACAUUUUUUUUAAAAAAAAUUGCUGCUGGUGUUUAAUCUGCCUUCCAUUCUAACUGGUAGAAGAAUUUGUAACACAGGUGGAGGGGAGAAUGCUAGGGG